AGGCAUCGAUUGUGCCCGGAGCCAUACGAGGUUACGAGGAACUUCACAAACGGCUCAAAGGAACCAUGAAGUGGGAGGAUCUUUUUGCCCCCGCGAUCAAGUUGGCCAAGGAAGGCUUCCCCAUCAAGAAACAUUUCGCAAAAGUACUGGCCAAGCAUGAAACGGAACUAUCAAAUUCUGACAUCAAGUCCAUCUUCAGUGGCGUCCGCAAGGAAGGUGACAAGCUUGUGCAGCUGGAACUGGCAAAACUUCUGGAGGACCUUUCAAAAAAAGGCGCAGAUCAUUUCUACAACGAAGUUUCAAAAGAAAUUAUCACUGGUCUCGGAACAGAUGCCGUGUUGACCGAAGACGACUUCAAAAAGUACAAGCCUGCCUGGUCUGAGCCCGUGACGAGACGUUUCGCAGAGUACACGCUGUACGCUCCACCCUUUCCUUCCAGUGGUGUGUUGCUCCUCGAACUGAUUCCGGAACGUGCGGCCAGACUCUCAGACAAGCUGAGGCAAAACAACGGUACGACUUCGAACCUUGAACUGUUGACCGCCAGUUUCAAGGAUUACCUGGCCAACGUGCUUGCAAAGUUACCAGACCUCGAUGGAGAUGCACCGGACAAAGGCUUCCCGCAACUGGUGAAGGAAAUAAGGGACAGCAUUGAGUUGAAAAAGAGAGCCAAAGAAUCCGAUCACCCGAUCGUUGAAGACUACGGUGGUGUCCACCUAUCCAUUAUCAAGGGUUUCGAAGCCGUGACUAUCAUUUCCGGCAUCAACGAACCGUUUGGAAGCAAGAAAGCUUCCGUGCCAGGGCUCAUCAUGAACAACUACAUGAGCGCUUUCGCUGCGACAGCCGAUGUACCAAACGGUCGGAAAGGGAAGAAGCAGCCCAGAACAUCCAUGGUGCCCGUGUUCGCCAAGAACCACGAACACAGUCUCCUUCUCUUGCAGGCGGGAGCCGGAGGAGGAAUUCCUGGAAUGUGGGCUCUGGCUCAGGUCCUAAACUGCAUCUCUGAAGCAAAGGUUUCUUUCUGCAUCCGGUCGGCGAAGAGAAUCCUUCCCACAGAGCAUGUUAGUGCAGCCAACGAUCCCGACAUUGAGGCCACGGCCAGUGGAAUAUUCACCAAGAGGCCCCUCGUGUCCUGGCUCGCCCCGCACGACAACGUGCACUGCGACGGCACCAGUGACGGCGAAAAUACAACGGCGCUAAAGAAGAUGAAAGCAACGGAGACGGAUCACUACUGCAAGAGGACAAAAGAGUGCACCGCGAUGAAGCAGAUAUUCCUAGAGGUUGCAAGAGGGCAGUACGAUUAAAAAGUGAGACAGGAAGAAAGCGAGAGCUAGGUACGAAGGUGUAGUACUUGUACUUCUGCUGU